AUGAACCUCAAUCACAAUGUUUCACUUGACACUGAUACGUCGUCAGUUAUAUUAGACGACAAAAUUGCUAGCUUCGGGGCUUCACAGAUAACAAAAGUGGCAAUUCCCCAACCCUCAGGGCCGCUUUCAUGCUCUAUCGAGUCAAUCGAAGUUUUAAGCAGACGUUCCUACAACGACCCACACACUGCUGCCUUAGCUAGUGCCGAGUUUAUUUUGCCGCAAAGAGUACUCUUGGAUAAUCAACUGGAUGAAUCCAAGAUGAUCAAAGUUAUGAUUGAUGGCGAUGAUGGUGGUGUAGAGUUCAGCAAAGUCUACGAGCGUAUUAACGCCGCCUUGAGAAUACGAUCCCUCUAUAAAAAGGUCGACGAACGAAUCCUACCGGAAGAGAUGAUCCCGCUUCCCAACCUCGUUUCCAUCACACAAGAGAAAGGGAUUUAUCAAAUCGCCAACUCUAGCACUACGCUCUGCGCCAAGUUACGCUCUUGGGAGCAGUUCGCGCAGGAUGCGAAUCAAAUGCGUCUCACGGUGAACCAUUCCUCCUGUAUUCAGGCCUGCAAUCACCGUCUGGGAAUCAUGCAGGAGCGGUCGCGUAUGUUUUUCCUCCUGAACGCCGAAAUCGAGGAGCGGCAGCACCUGCGGAAAGCAGGCGGGGUGUUCGCGAACGUGAUGAAGGUGGACUGCUCAGUCGACCUGGCCAAUAGUAUGGACGCGCAGGAGCUGCUCGACCACAUCUUGAGUACGUGCGAGCGGGAUAUGGAGGCGAGGGUCCGCCUUCGGGAUGGGACCAACCUCACGCUGCGUGAGCUUUUUGAGCGGUAUGGGGUGAGCGAUCCUAUGAAGUUGAGUGUGGAAAGGCUCGGGUGGCAGCCCCGGUUGAACGUCCCGGACCUCGCCGAGCACUCCGUGGAUCGGGAAAGCCUUGGGGCGGAGCUCCGGCACGCAUUCAUGAGCGUCGGCGGCUCCUUGAGCUUGAGGCUGCAUAAACAUCUUCUGGAACGCGUUCAGAAUUCUCGAGAGGCCUCAGAGUUCGCCAUUCCGGUUUACGGCACAUCCCCACACGAACUUGUCAACCUGGCGGAGACUAUGAAGCAGCAUGGUAUGGGACCAUGUGUUUGCAUUCGCUGGGUGCUGAGCCUUCGCUUUCUUCAAUCGCCCGGCUCUUUUGUUCCUGUCGAGUGUUCAACCAUGCAGGAACAGCUGGAUUUUUUCUUCUUACCAAUAUUAAACGCUUCGAUUGCACCGACAACCCCUGACAACGCCUCUCUUACGUGGCUUCUACAGCAGGUGGGGGCCAUCCAGUUUGAGGGCCUCUCGGAAGGCCCGGAGCCGAACUUUGAUCCUUUUCUUGGUGUCCCCUCCAGCAUUAAGUACCCUGCCGCGGUUAGCAGUCUGUACUACUUAUAUUACAUCUACUCGAAUUUAGCCAUUGUUAACCGCAUCCGGCUGCGCGCGGGGCUCAAUACCUUUCAGCUUCGGUGCAGUGGGGCCCAUCGCGGUGGCGUAGAUGAUGUUAUUGGUGGAUAUAUGCUUGGAGACCUUAUUACGCGCGCUACGAAGCUUCAUAACUAUCCGGUUAUACAAUACCUGUGUGGUGUUCAUGGGGUGGGGCUAACCUUAUCACCGCUUAGCGACCACAUUAACGACAUCGUUUCUUAUCGACACCACCCUCUCCCAAAUUUCUUGCAUCGGUGCUUGAAAAUAUCCAUUGCGACCGAGGCUCCUCUGCGUUAUCAUCAUAAUCCUAACCCGCUGAUUGAGGAGUACGCCACAUCCCAAAAGAUCUUUCGCUUGAGCGCGCUUGACAUGACAGAGUUAGCCCACAAUAGUGUUCUGAUUUCUUCCUUUCCGCACAUUACCAAACAGCAAUGGUUAAGCAAGAAUUACAAGUUGGGCGCGAAGGGCAACACAUUCGAGAAGAGCCAGGUUACCAACGUGCGGCUUAACUUUCGCGAGCAGGCUUGGCAAUUGGAGCGCGAUAUGAUGCGGGAUCUCUACUUGAAUUGUGUGCGGGAAAGCACAGAGGAGCUAACGCGGUGGUCCCUCUUGAGUAAUGUCCAGGAGGUGGAGUAUAACGCCGUGUGGGAUAGUCGUGUUCGCUUCCCGCGCACCGUGUUAAGCGGCUUGUUGAAGAAAAGCCAGGCGGCGGUGAUCGCUGCCUCGCGAAUCGCCCGCGCGUUGGACCUGCGGCAUCGGUACAUAUGGAAGGGACCGAAUCCAUGGGAGAUGAACCCCGAUAAUCGCGAUCUCGAGGAGGACUUCCAGCGUAAAACGGAUACCUUUAACGAAGACGAGUGGACCUAUGCUGGGAGUGAUGCCGUGUUCAUUGCCUUUCCACGUAACGCCGUUCACGCUUGGCCACGCUCGCUACCAACCCUCGAAGCUUUCCAUGCUGAUCUUCGUGAGCUGCAGGCGAUCUGCGCGUCCGCCGAAGUUAAGGAGUUCACCCACAAGCGUUUGGAGAAUCUAGACCACAAGUUUAGUCUUCAUCUCGCCCUCAACCACGCCAACGAGGCGGGUAAAACGAAGGAGCGUGCGUCCUGCAAUCGCGAUAUCUAUCAAGCUACCAAAGUCGAUACCCAUAUACACAUGGCUGCUGGGAUGACGCCGAAGCAAAUUCUCAAAUUUGUGUUGAAAAAAUUUCAUGGGAGCUCUGACGACAUAGCUAUGAAGAAGGGUGAUGAAAUCCUAACGCUUGGCCAGAUAUUCGCGAAGUCCGGGAUCACCAACAGUUUGUCUGUGGAUCAGCUAAGCGUUCAGGCGGAUCACACCUUAUUCGAGCGCUUUGAUAAUUUCAACAAUAAGUACAACCCAAUGGACAACAGCGAUCUCCGCUCUUUACUUCUUAAGACGGACAAUUUUAUGAAUGGUCGCUACUUCGCCGAAAUUAUCCAUGAUGUAUUUAACCAGUACUCAAGGGAUCAAUACACGUACGCCGAAAAUCGUGUCUCGGUGUAUGGUAUAAAUAUUCACGAGUGGGAAAAGCUCUCAAAUUGGUUCUCAACCUAUGGUCUGAACAAUAAGCACAAUAAGUGGGUAAUUCAGGUGCCGCGGGUGUACAAAGUAUUUCGUGGGCAGAACGUCAUAGGCAGCUUCGGACAAUACCUCCAGAACAUUUUUCAACCUCUAUGGGAGGCCUCACUACACCCAUCCGAGCACCCGAUGCUGCACAACUUUCUCAAGUAUGUAAGUGGCUUCGACUCUGUUGAUAAUGAGGCGACCAUUGAUCUCUCUUUUACCCUAACCUCACCGUGGUCGUGGACUUCAAUUGAGAACCCGCCAUAUUGCUAUUACUUGUACUAUUUAUACGCCAACUUACGGACCUUGAACGAGUUUCGAGCCUCUCGAAGCUUCACGACGUUUUCUUUCCGACCACAUUGCGGCGAAUCUGGUGCGAAUGAGCACCUUUACGGGGCCUUCCUCUGCGCCAACAGCAUUUGCCAUGGAAUCAACCUUCGGAACGACCCACCGAUGCAGUAUUUGUAUUAUCUCGCGCAGGUCGGUCUACACGUAUCGCCUCUUAGCAAUAACGCGCUUUUUCUGCGGUUUGUGAACAAUCCUUUCCCCGAUUUCUUUCGCCGAGGGUUGAAUGUUUCGCUGAGCACGGAUGAUCCGAUGAUGUUUCACCACACGCAGGAGCCGCUCAUUGAGGAGUACAGCAUCGCGGCGCGGGUGUGGGGUCUGAGCCCGAACGAUCUCUGUGAGAUCGCGCGGAAUUCGGUCCUGCAGUCUGGAUUUAGCUACGACUUUAAACGCGAGGCGAUUGGGAAUUACUGGUUUAUGUCCUCCUCUAUUAGCAAUGAGCCCUGGCGAACGCACCUCUCGGACAUUCGUGUUGCCUUCCGUUUUGAAACCUACCAUACUGAAAUGCAACAACUGGAGGCUUAUUGUAGACGCCCGAUAUUUCGCUUUAUGCUCACAUCAGAUGAAGAGCGAGAUAUCAUUGCUAAGAAUCUACAGAAUGAUACCGAUGAGAUGGUGAUCUUGUCUACUCGAGAUCAGGCCAUGGAGAUGGUGCUGCGCGAAAUUGGGGAUACUAAGGAUCAGAUUUCCUCCGCCAAGCGUCAGUUUAGCUCCUUACAUCGGCAGGAACGAGCCCUGAUUAAUAACAUUACGGAGUUUGGUGCCCAGCGCAAGAAAUCUGAAAAUGAACUCCAAAAGAUAGCCGCACAAGAGAUACUAAAAUACAAGAGAGAAAAUAUGAGUUCAGAUUCUCUGCCACCGGUCUCUGCUUUUAAAACUUCAGAGCGCCUAACCAUGGAGAGGCUUCUUAAAUGGCGACCGAUGCAAGCAAAAACGCUAAGGGACGUCACGGAAAAGAGGUAUUUACUCCCCCAUAAAGGGAGACCACUCCCUCCACUACAGUAG